UUGACGGCUCUGGCGCCGCGCUCUGGUGGGUAAAUCUAUAGCUGGGACUUUCUGGGUCUCUAACCCAGAUCCAUGUAGGAAUUGUAAGAACAACAUCAGAGGGCUUUUUCUCUGGCCCAGAGGGACACCCGCCCUGGUGCCUUUCGGGACCUCCUCCGUGGCGCUCCGAGGCCAGGGACGGAAGGGUCCGGCCCGGCUGCGUCCCCAGAACCCCGGGCCCGCGGGCGCCCCGGGGCGAGGCCGGGAGCAAAAGUGCUGACCCAUGGCGCUGCCCCCUGCCCCUCUCCCCUCCGGCGUGCCAACGGAGGCCAGGUCGGGGCCAGGGAGGCCGGGGGCCCUAAGCUUCGCGGACGUGGCCGUGUACUUCUCCCCGGAGGAGUGGGGGUGCCUUCAGCCCGCGCAGAGAGCCCUGUAUCGGGACGUGAUGCGGGAGACCUACGGCCACCUGGGCUCGCUCGGAUUUCCAGGCCCCAAACCUGCCCUCAUCUCCUGGUUGGAGGGAAAGAAGGAGGCGUGGAGCCUGGAGGCUGAGGAUCCUGAGAUGGGAUUGAAGCACACAGGAGCUGGGGCAGAAAUCAAGAUGAAGAUGAAGAUUGAACAGAGCAAUGGAAUGGAGGCCAAGGAGCUUGAAGAAGCACCCGGGCUGGUCCCUGGUUUGAGGGACUGCAGUGAGACAUUGCCUCAGGGCCCCUCAGACACAGGACACCAGUACCCUCUGCCUCCCAAGAGGCCCUACCCAUGUGGGGACUGCAGCCGCACUUUCAGCUACCCCUCCCUCCUGGCCAGCCACCAGCGGGUCCAUUCUGGGGAAAGGCCCUUUCCCUGCAACCAAUGUGGACGUUGCUUCCGCCAAAGGGGCAACCUGGCCAUCCAUAUGCGCACACAUACGGGGGAGAAGCCCUUCUCCUGCCCGGACUGUGGGAGGCUCUUUGCCUACCCCUCAAUGCUGGUCAGACACCGGCGAAUCCACUCUGGAGACCGUCCGUAUGUCUGUGGGCCUUGUGGGGUUCGAUUCUCCCAGAGGGCUCACCUGGUGCAGCACCAGCUGCUCCACACAGGGGACAAACCCUACUUGUGUCCUGACUGUGGCCGCUGCUUCCGCCAGAGCGGGGCCCUGGCCAUCCACAGGCACAGACAUGGCAGGGAGAAGCCAUACCUGUGUGCUGAAUGUGGGCGCCACUUUACACACCCUUCCCUCCUGGCUAUUCACCAGCGCACCCACACGAGGAAGAAGCCCCACGUCUGUUCUGACUGUGGUCGAGGCUUUGCCUACCCCUCCCUCCUGACCAACCACCAGCGGGUGCACUCUGGGGAGCGCCCCUACCCCUGUGCCCAGUGCAGCGCCCGCUUCGCCCAGCAGAAUAACCUGCUCCAGCACCAGCUCAUCCACACGGGCGAAAAGCCCUAUAAGUGCCCUGACUGUGGCCGCUGCUUCCGACAGAGCGGCUCCCUGGCCAUCCACCGGCGCACACAUACGGGGGAGAAGCCCUACUCCUGCUCUGAGUGUGGGGACCGCUUCACCUCUUCCUGUGUCCUCAACAGCCACAGGCGCAUCCACUCCGUUGAAAGGCCCUUCUCUUGUUUCCAGUGUGGGAAAACCUUUAAGCGGAAGAGUGCCCUGGACGCUCACCAGUGGAUCCAUCGAGCAGGCAGGGAGAGUCGGAGGGGUGGCAGACCGCCAGCACAAGCCCCAACCCAGGCUUCUGUCCCUAAGGCCCAGGAACCAUCUGUCCACUUCCGGCAUUUUCCAGAUGUGUUCCAGUAGCGUGUGUCCUCAGUUAAGCAGUGUGAAGGAGCCAAAUGCUUUUAAGAUUUCUCCCUCCUCGAGUAUUGGGAAGGUCGUGCAGAGAGGGCAAGGUACAGGGAAGGGAAGUAAGAGGGAACCCAUUAGAAAGGAGAUAGUGGGGGCUGAGCCACAUCUGGAGUCUAUGGGAAACCUAGGAGCAGUGAGAAGAGCAGAGAUGGGGGAAUGCCGUCCAGGCUGAAGAAACUGCCAGGGGGAGCAUGUGUGUUCUCCAGUCUUCUUUACUCUCCCAGCACUAACUUCUGGUCCCUGAACUUUCAGCUCCAGGUUUUACCCUAACUCUAGAGCUCAAGGAACAAAUCAAGACACAGUCACCCAGUUUGACCACCAGCCAUAAUGUAAGAGGAAGAGAACAGGCUUUGAACUGGGCCAACCUCUGUUCAAUCUUGACUCGUCCCUUGCAAUGUCAACUUCUCUCUGACCAUUUCUUCAUCUAUAAAAUGAGUACAAAAAUACUACUGCCCAAGGUUGUUGGAAGGAUUAAAGCAUAUAUUUUUAGUUGAA